ACCGCGAAACCUCUUCAGUGUCUUGAAUGAUAAAGAGCCAAUAACCCAUUUCACUUGGACAUAAGCGUAUGACUACAGUACGUCCUGCCGCAACGUUUGUUCUCUGUCAGCAACAUGACCGUGCAGAAACGGGUCCAGAAUGACUGCACUUCAUCUGCGGUUAUACGUUGCUCUUUUACGCCAUUUAAGAGUCAUUGACUUUUAUUGUGCACAUGGACAAUAGGCAUUAUGGCUGACAUCGAUUGAAACUGUAUUUAACGCUAUUCAUGUCUGUUUUGUUCUUCAUAUUGCGGCUCAUCGUGGAGUGUGCGAAUGUGUGUGCGCGUUUAUUAGGAGGAUUGUGAGUGUGGGAAGUGUUGAGGGUCUUCUCUGCAAAAAAUCUCAAACAUAACUGAGGAGGCAUUUUAAACUGUUUAACAGGUCUGUUUGGUCUCAUCUCACAACUUUCAACUCAAAAACGGAGACCUUGCUUCACAAUGGCGAUAUUUCUGUUGAAAACGGCACUGGCUCUGUCGUGUUUCUUUUCAGCCACACAAGCUGAAGUCUUCACAUCAAUCGGCCAAAUGACAGACCUGAUAUUCACAGAGAGGGAGCUCGUCCAGUCUCUGAAAGAAUACAUCAAAGCAGAGGAGUCCAAACUUGAAGCUGUGAAGAGCUGGGCUAAUAAACUGGAUCUGUUGACACUUGUGUCCACUUCGGACCCUGAAGGCUUCCUGGCUCACCCGGUGAACGCCUACAAGCUGGUGAAGAGACUGAACAUGGAGUGGUCUGAACUUGAGAGCUUGGUGCUACAGGAUCCUUCAGAUGGCUUCAUCUCCAACAUGUCAGUGCACAGACAGUAUUUCCCUGAUGAAGAGGAUGAGAAGGGAGCAGCUAAAGCUCUGAUGCGUCUGCAGGACACAUAUCGACUGGACUCGGAGAGCUUCUCUAAAGGCAAACUGCCAGGGGUGCGCUACAGUGCUCUACUGACGGUGGAUGACUGCUUUGACAUGGGGAAACUGGCGUACAAUGAGAAUGACUAUUAUCAUUCAGUGCUGUGGAUGCAACAGGCCCUCAGACAGAUGGAUGCUGGAGAAGACGCAAAGACUCUGAAGGCUGAUAUUUUAGAUUAUCUCAGCUACUCUGUCUAUCAGAUGGGUGAUCUGCAACGAGCCAUCGAGCUCACACGACGUCUGGUGGCCAUCGAUCCCAGCCACCAGAGGGCAAGAGGGAACCUGCGCUACUUUGAGCGUUUGCUGUCUAAAGAGUUGAGGGACAUAGGUCAGAGCCAACAGGAGCUAGCGGAUGAGAGACCCAUUCAGCUGGACACCUAUGAGCGGCCCAAAGACUACCUGCCUGAGAGAGAGGUGUAUGAGGCCCUGUGCAGGGGAGAGGGCAUCAAAAUGACUCCACGGAGACAGAGCAGACUGUUCUGCCGCUAUCAGGAUGGAAACCGAAACCCACGUCUGCUGCUCAAGCCCAUGAAGGAGGAGGAUGAGUGGGACAGUCCUCAUAUCGUCCGCUUUCUCGAGGCCCUGUCUGAUGAAGAGAUCGAGAAGAUCAAAGAGUUAGCCAAACCCAAGCUUGCAAGGGCCACAGUGAGAGAUCCGAAAACAGGUGUCCUGACAGUCGCCCAUUAUAGAGUUUCCAAAAGUGCAUGGUUGGAAGGGGAGGAUGAUCCAGUGAUCGCACGGGUCAAUCAGAGGAUAGAGGACAUCACUGGAUUAUCCGUGGACACUGCAGAACUGCUUCAGGUGGCUAACUAUGGUGUUGGAGGUCAAUAUGAACCACAUUAUGAUUUCUCCAGGCGUCCUUUUGACAACAACCUCAAAGUUGAUGGAAAUAGACUUGCCACCUAUCUGAACUACAUGAGUGAUGUGGAGGCAGGUGGAGCUACGGUAUUCCCAGAUUUUGGUGCUGCUAUCUGGCCUAGAAAGGGAACAGCAGUAUUCUGGUACAACCUCUUUAAAAGUGGAGAAGGAGACUACAGAACGAGACAUGCGGCCUGUCCUGUUCUAGUAGGCAGUAAAUGGGUUUCAAACAAAUGGAUUCAUGAGAGAGGUCAAGAGUUCAGACGAUCAUGUGGCCUGACUGAAGUGGAAUGAUAUAGUGAUAUCAGUGAUGAACUCAACAACACCUGCAGUGCCUUGACUGUGCAAACACACACACACAAGACCCCCCAAAAAUGUACAGCAGUGCCCAUCCGGACCAACAGCGAUCAGUGCUAUGCAGACUGGGGUUUGUGGGGUGUUCUCUCUGUAUGGGAUUUCGGUUUUAUUUUCAGUGCUUUAAUGUUUAAUGUUUGUGUUUAUGUAAUGCAUAAAUUAUUGUCCUGUUUUUGUUUAUUUUAUAUUGCUGUAUGGUUUGCAAAUAAAAAUGUCUGCAAGUUAAA